AUGAAGCUGGAUAAGAAUGCCUCCGGCACUAUCGACCGUGAUGAGUUCCUCUCCCUGCCCCAAGUGUCGUCCAACCCGCUCGCCACGAGGAUGAUCGCCAUCUUCGACGAAGACGGUGGCGGUGACGUCGACUUCCAGGAAUUUGUGACAGGCCUGUCAGCGUUCAGCUCAAAGGGCAACAAGCAAGAGAAACUGCGGUUUGCGUUCAAAGUGUACGACAUUGACCGUGACGGCUACAUUUCCAACGGCGAGCUGUUCAUCGUGCUGAAGAUGAUGGUCGGCAAUAAUCUCAAGGACGUGCAGCUGCAGCAGAUCGUCGACAAGACGAUCAUGGAGGCUGAUAAGGAUCAGGAUGGAAAGAUCAGCUUCGAGGAGUUCACGGAUAUGGUGGAGAACACAGACGUGAGCCUCAGUAUGACACUGACACCCUCCUCGACUCAACAACUCAACAACUCUCCAACAAAUCACCCACACACCCCGGUCCCUACGUCAUAUCAGCAAGUGUGGCCAACGCACGCUUCAGUCAACUCAACCCCAAGAACCAACAUCCAAAACAAAGCCUUGACGUUUCAGCCGCAUGGGCAACAACCCCCGUUCCCAUCCGGACCAACGCUGAUUUUCCACAACAAACUAACCUCGGCGAACACCAGUUCCCCUCCCUCGAAAAUCCGAAAAUCCCUUUCCUUCUGGACUGCAGUCUCGUGGACCGGAUGA